UGAGGAUGUGAGAGAAAACAGCGACAGAGAGACGGACGGGGGCUGUCUAGGGUAUAUGUUUUUAAAGCCAUUCGCGAGCGGACUGAUAUAUGGACGAUGAGGAAUACUAUAAGGACUGACUGAGGAACAGCCUGGAUUUUACCCUGAGUCUUCCUCAUCUGUCAGUCAUGGACUAGAGCAGAGGAUUGUGUUUUAGUCAGUGUGUUACCUCAGACAUAACCAUGGUGGUGAGGUGGUUGCUCAACUCCCAUUGAGAACACAGAAAAUGACAGUGUGAAGCUGCUGGGUAGGCAGCACAGCCACAUGAUUCGAUGACUCUGGACAUGGACGCGGUCCUGUCAGACUUUGUUCGUUCCACGGGGGCCGAACCUGGUCUGGCACGAGACCUGCUGGAAGGUAAAAACUGGGACCUGAGUGCUGCUCUGAGUGACUAUGAGCAGCUCCGGCAGGUGCAUACUGCCAACCUGCCCCACGUUUUCAAUGAGGGCCGUUACUGCAAGCAGCCGGAGCGUAGCAGCACCCCACAGCACAUCAGCAAGCCUGAGCAAUGCCUACAGAAACAAGAGGACAACACUCAAGAAAAGCGUCUGUCUCGGGGCAUUUCCCAUGCCAGCUCUGCCAUCAUGUCUCUGGCCCGGAUGCAGGUGUCAGGGGAUUGUGCCAGGGAGCAGUUCCCCCUGGAAAUGCCCAUCUACACAUUCCAGCUGCCUGACCUGAGCGUGUACAGCGAGGACUUCCGCUGCUUCAUCGAGCGUGACCUCAUCGAGCAAUCCACCAUGGUGGCCCUGGAGCAGGCUGGUCGAUUGAAUUGGUGGUCCACCAUGUGCACCAGCUGUAAGAAGCUACUUCCACUGGCCACAACAGGAGAUGGCAACUGCCUUCUGCAUGCAGCAUCUUUAGGAAUGUGGGGCUUCCAUGACAGAGAUCUGGUGUUGAGGAAAAGUCUGUAUGCCAUGAUGAAGAGUGGGGCAGAGAAAGAAGCUCUGAAGAGGAGGUGGAGGUGGCAACAGACUCAACAGAACAAAGAGUCAGGGCUGGUAUACACUGAGGAGGAAUGGGAAAGAGAGUGGAACGAAUUACUGAAGCUGGCCUCCAGUGAGCCACGCACACACUUUAGCAAGAACGGCAACUCCAGUGGAGGAGUGGAUAACUCGGAAGACCCAGUUUAUGAGAGCUUGGAGGAGUUUCAUGUGUUUGUUCUGGCUCACGUUCUGAGAAGACCUAUUGUGGUGAUAGCUGACACCAUGCUUAGAGACUCUGGAGGCGAAGCUUUUGCACCCAUUCCCUUUGGAGGGCUGUACCUGCCUUUGGAGGUGCCUCCCAACCGCUGUCACUGUUCCCCGCUUGUGCUGGCCUACGACCAGGCCCACUUCUCCGCCCUAGUGUCCAUGGAGCAGAGAGACCAGCAGAGAGAGCAAGCCAUCAUCCCAUUGACGGACUCUGAGCACAAGCUGCUAGCUCUGCACUUUGCAGUGGACCCUGGAAGGGACUGGGAGUGGGGGAGGGACGACAAUGACAACACCAAGCUGGCAAAUCUUAUUCUGUCACUAGAAGCUAAACUUAACCUUCUGCACAAUUACAUGAAUGUAACAUGGAUUCGAAUUCCAUCUGAAACAAGGGCUCCCUUGGCUCAGCCAGAGUCGCCCACUGCCUCUGCUGGUGAGGAUGUACAGUCUCUAGCAGAAUCCAUGGAUUCGGACCGGGAGUCAGUUUGCAGUAACUCCAACAUCAAUAACAGCAAGUCAAGUAAGGAGAGGGACAAGGACAAGCUGAGAAAGGACAAAGACAAAACUCGGGUGGACUCAGUGGCUAACAAGUUGGGCAGCUUUAGCAAGACUCUUAGUAUCAAACUUAAGAAGAAUAUGGGUGGCUUUGGAGGACUUGUCCAUGGCAAGAUCAGCAAGUCCACCUCGACGAAUGGUCGGACGGUAGAGAAUGGAGAGCAGAAAUCUAAGAAAAAGGACUCUAAAACACGAAAAGGGAGCAAAGAGGAGUCCGGCCAGUCGGCCAGCACUUCCUCCUCAGAGAAGGCAACCAGCCCCUCUCCUACAGACCAUGCCUCUGGUAGCUCACCUGUCGAGAGGCAGUCUGGAUCAGGCAAAAACUCAGGUGACCGGACUCUGGACAACUGGAAGUACAGUACAGAUGUAAAACUGAGCCUGAACAUUCUUCGGGCAGCCAUGCAAGGUGAGCGAAAGUUCAUUUUUGCUGGGUUGCUGCUGACCAGCCACCGACAUCAGUUCCACGAAGAGAUGAUCAGCUUCUAUUUGAGCAGUGCCCAAGAACGCUUCAGUGCCGAGCAGGAGCAGAAGAGGAAAGCUGAGGCUGAAAAGAAAACUCAGACCAAUGGGGUGGCACUGAAGAAAUCUGAACAAGAGAGCAUUUUUCAAAGGGAGCGUUCAGACAGCACCCCACCUGAAAGCUGCUCACCGGUACUGCAUCCCAGCCAUAAUCCUACACAGGCUGUGAUGGUCCAAGAAAGGGGAAGUCCAAAGCUUGCUGCUUCCCCCAUCCCAAUACCCAUUCCAACCUCCAUGUCCCCUGUCCCUUUAUCUUCCCCUAGUAACGGUGCUAAGAGACCUGGACCAGUCCCUGUUUCAGCUCACUAUAGCCAUACGCCACCUAUCCAGAGGCACAGUGUCAUCCACCUGAGGGAUGUCAAUAUGCAGUCGUCCAGCUACCAGGAUGAGUCCUACAAGCCAGUGGUGGGCAUGCUCAAGACAUGUGCAACCUACCCCCAACAAAACCGCUCACUGUCCUCUCAGAACUACAGCCCAGCCCGCAUGUCUGGGUUUCGUACCAUCAAUGCUGUAGACACCCUCCCAUACAACAUGCCUGGGGAACACAAGUCCCACACAUACACAAAUGGCUUCAACAGUGGUGACAUCCGGGACUGUCUGGAGUUUGCAGACGAGGACCCGGCACCCCACACCUGGCUUGGGCUGGACAAAACCAAAGGGCAGAGCUCCAUUUGUCCAAUGUACUGCUUUCAGCAGAAACGCUGCAAGAGGGAGAACUGCACCUUCUAUGGGCGACCCGAGACGGAGAACUUUUGCUCCUACUGUUAUAGAGAGGAGCUAAAACACAGAGAAAGGGAGUUAAAGGUGCACCGCCCGGAUAGCACACCCCCCACACACACACACACACACACACAGAUAUACAGCCACCACCAGUGUGUGUGA